GCCGCUCGCAGGCUCCACGGGAGGCAGAGCUGAACGCGGCGCGGAGGACAGGGAGGACGGUCUGCGGCUCCGCGGGUCACAGGAGGGAUGUACAGCAAACACCGGCAGAAACAGGCGCACCUGCCGGCGGCCAGCGGCCGGCUGUUCGUCGUCGUGUGGUUCCUGCUGCUCAGCGGCUCGCUGGACGAAGCCCGCGGCAGCGCCGGAGAACCAGGGCAGCGGGGGGGCCGGACGGUGACGGCACGCUGGCUGUCUCCAGACGGGAGCAGGAGGGAGGCCGGCAGCUCCACCCAGGAGGAGCGCCCCGCCAGAGGGGAGAUAGCGCUCUCAUCCCAGGACCUCCAGCUGGUGCUACAGGUGGAACGCAAUCACGAGCUCCUGGGUCCAGACUUCACAGAGACCUACUACACAGGAGACGGGCAGCCGGUGACUGUGACCAACGGCAACUACACUGACCACUGCUUCUACCACGGCCAUGUGAGGGGGCACCCGGAGUCCUGGGUCGCCCUCAGCACUUGCUCCGGAGUAAGGGGCCUGAUAUCCUUGAAUUCCAGUGACACCUACUACCUGGAGCCAAUCGGUGGUGUUGAUCCUCUCCACCAUUCACUGAGGGCUGCAGAGGAACUGCCGAUUGAAGGUGGACACUGUGGGCACGGCCCUCACACCACACAGGCCAACCACAUCUCCAACCUGCUCAGACCAUUUCAUUCACGGAGAAACACCUCUGUUCUCCCAUUUGCACUGGCGUCCAACCAUUUAGUAUCAAUAUUCCAACCAAUAACUCUCAGAGUCGUCACUUCGUGGUCCUCCCUGACAUGCUCGUCUGUGUUCCUCCCUGUGAGCCCCCUCUCAUGCUUGCCCCCUCUCCGUCAGCUGAAGCAGACGGGCACCCUGUGCCGGGGCCCGGCGGGGGCCUGUGACCUGCCCGAGUACUGCACCGGGGCGUCCCCGUACUGCCCCGGCAACGUCUACCUGCUGGACGGCUCCGUCUGCCAGUACGGGGUGGCCUACUGCUACAACGGCAUGUGCCUCACCCACCAGCAGCAGUGCCUGCAGCUGUGGGGCCACGGAGCCCGACCGGCCCACGACGCCUGCUUUGAGGACGUCAACGCAGCCGGGAACGCCUUCGGGAACUGUGGCAAAGACGAGCACGCCAACUACAUGAAGUGUCAGAAGAAGGAUGCAAAGUGCGGUAAGAUCCAGUGCCACAGCGCGGCCAAGAAGCCCAAAGGCACCAACGCCGUGUCCAUCGACACCACUAUCAAGACGGGCGGCGUGGAGGUGAAGUGCCGCGGCACCUACGUCUACAGCACCCAGGACGGCCAGGGCGACCUGCCCGACCCGGGCCUGGUCAUGACUGGCACCAAGUGUGGAGAGGGCAAGGUGUGCAGAGACCGCCGAUGCCUGAAUGCCUCUUUCACCGAGCUGGAGACUUGCAUCACACGCUGUCACGGCAGAGGGAUGUGUAACAGUAAUGGGAACUGUCACUGUAAUCGCGGCUGGGCGCCACCCAACUGUGAGAAGCCAGGCCUCGGAGGCAGCGUGGACAGCGGACCCAUCCAGUACGACAGUCAAGUGGGGCUGGUGGUGGGGCUGCUCUUGGCCUUCCUGGUGCUGCUGCCCGCUGUGCUGCUGCUCUUCUAUUGCUACAGGAUCAAGACUUCCUGUUACCACAAGUGGCUUUCCCAGAGAGAGAAGAACAAGAACAACAGAACGGAGGCUUCAGUGGAGAAAGGGAAGAACGGCCAUCUCAACCCCGCCUUCCACCUGAAGGUGGUCGGACCAAUCAACAAGGCCAGCAGCCACAAGGGGCUGCCUCACACCAGCAAAGAGGUGCUGCCUCUGAGACCGGGCCCUUCGCCCAAUGGCACCCAGCCAGUUAACAUCGUACGACCUCUGAGACCCGCCCAGUCGCCCCACGGUGGUGCCCGGGAUCUCAAGGUGGUCCGCCCGCCUCUGCCAGCUGGCAAGCCCCCAGCGGGCCCCGCUAAGUCCCCGUCAACCCCCCAUAGACUGAGCCCGCCCAGGAAACCUCUGCCCCUCAACCCCACUCGAUCUCCACUGUUGGUGUCUGAGCUCAGACCAUCCCCCUUCCCGCCUCAGAGGCCCCUCCCCCUCAGCCCCGCCAGAGGAGCCUCCCCCACCGUGAGUCCAGCCCGGACCCUGGUCCCCAAACCCUCCCCAGGUCUGCUGGUCAUGAUGCCCCCGGCAGUGGGACCCAAACCUGUGGGCAAGGUCUCGGCGGUCCCCCCCCUCAGAGCUCUCAGACCGGUCCCAGGUGCCAAAGCAAACACAGCCUCGCCUCCGCCACGGAAAUGACCCCCCCCCCCUCCAGCCUCAGCACCUGACGGCCUAUUUGCACUAAAGAGACCUCGGCCGGUGAACCACAACAGAGCUGACGCACAAACCAGAGGAGGACCGACACAAAGUUAAAACCUGAGACACAAAGAAAGAACAAAGAGGAGUCUGACCCUUUCAGACUCCAACAUGAACCCCCCCCCCCCCCGCCCCCUUACCUUCACCACGAUGACGCGGUUUUGCACGAGGCCUUGCAGACUGAGACGAGUGUUAUCGCUGGCGGACGGUCACAUUUGCCAAACACAUUUUUUUACGGAUUAUUGUUUUUUUAAUUUUUUUAUAUGUUAAUGCCGUCUGUGGAUAAACAAUGCAUUUUGUAAUGGCUGUUGUUCCUGUUUACAGUUUGUGUUACGUCACAUUUUAUGAUUUAUCUUACGUGCCAAAGAGGUCUCUUCACACCGGGGGUGUCCCGUCACCUUAAGUUUACCACGAGUCAAUACUUUUGAUAAUUUAUUGUGUUGUAUGCGGAACGUCUAAAGUACUAACUGGAGGUACAGUGGGCUGCCUGGGGGAGCCAAUCACACAGCAGCUUCUCUUCAACACUGGCGGAGGAUUUGACGGAUGCGUGGGACCCGGGCGCUCAUGUUGGUUUAAAUGUCUUUCGCUCUGUGUUAUGACUUUUACAUUGUUACAUAAAAAUAUUUUUACAAAACUAAAA